AGCCUCCAAACCUAUUCACUGUUUCAUUCCAAAAAAACCUUAAACAACACAAAAAACAUUUUAACAAAGGUUGUUUUAAUUUAGCUUUAACUUCACCAAAACAUGUCUGAGGAGUUUCUUGAAUCCGAGGUUCUUUUUUUCAACCAGAUUCAUCAAUCUGAAGCUGAAGACAAGAAGGUGCUGAUGAAGCUGAAGAAGGAGGAGAUCAAUUCUGAUGAUGAAAUUGAUCAAGCUGCUGACAACAAGAUGGUGAGGUCCAUGCCGAUGAAUAUCCCCUCUGAGGGGAUAUUUCACCGGAGGGGAAAUGGCUAUGAGGAGGACGAGGAUGAGGAGGAGAUGGUGCCUCCGCACCUGAUUAUGGCGCGGAGGCUAGCUGGAAAAAUGACAUUUUCCAUGUGUUCUGGGCAUGGGAGGACUUUGAAGGGAAGGGAUUUGAGCAGGGUUAGGAAUUCGAUUCUUAGGAUGACUGGUUUUAUUGAAGUCUGACAUUGAUCGUGUUUGGAUGGUGGAAAAUGGAACGGAAAGAAUUGAAAUCAAUUGUUGUAGUUUUCAUUUUCCUGGUUAAGUUGAUUGGAGUAACUUUAUUUUUUUAGUUUCUGGGAUUGGACUUUUUUGGGAGUCUCAUUGAUUGUAAGAGGAACAAAAAACAUAGAAUAACAUUUGGAGAUAUAUGAAUAAUGAAGGGAAUUUAGUUGUUAAA